UUCUCUAAGUAAGAAAUGGCAUCUACUCCAUCUUCUAAAACAAGCUAUGAUGUUUUCCUUAGUUUUAGAGGUGCUGAUACUCGUGAGAAUUUCACCAGCCAUCUUCAUCGAAAACUGCUUGAUAAAAACAUCCAAACUUUCAUUGACAGUAGGCUUGAUAGAGGUGAAAACAUUGAAUCAUCCCUCAUCAAAGUCAUCAAAGCGUCUCAAAUUUCCGUCAUUGUCUUCUCAAUAGGGUAUGCAUCUUCUCCGUGGUGCUUGGAUGAACUUGUUAAGAUUCUUGAAUGCAGAGAAACAAUGGGGCAGACUGUUUUGCCAAUUUUCUACGGUGUUGAUCCAUCCGAUAUUGAGCAGCAGAGUGGGAUUUUCGGACAUAAAUUCAGGAGGCUUGCAGCAAAUCACAAGAAGAGUAGGGACAAGUGGAGAAAUGCUUUGAAAGAGGCGGCUGCUCUAUCUGGUUGGGAUUCCAAGAAUCACAGGCCUGAUUCUGAAUUAAUUGAGGGAGUUGUCAUGGAAAUUAUGAAGAAAAUCUAUCCUACAUCAUAUAGCAUUUCGACUGAGUUAGUUGGGCUUGACUCACGAAUUGAGCAAAUUCUGUCACUAUUGCAUAGCAGGCCAGAUGAUAAACCUUAUUUUAUUGGGCUUUGGGGAAUGGGUGGCAUAGGGAAAACAACUCUUGCUGAAGCUCUGUUUAGUAUAUUAUCUGACCAAUUUGAUGGUUGCUGCUUUCUUAGCAAUGUUAGGGAAGAGUCAUCAAAGUCUGGUUUGAUUCAGAUAAAAAAUGUUCUUUUAUCCGAGCUUUUAGGCGAAGACAAUUUGAUUAUAAAAUCUCUUUAUGCACUUCCUACUUCUGUUAUAGAGAGGCUGAAAAGAAAAAAGGUCUUUAUUGUAUUGGAUGAUGUCAAUGAAUCGGCCCAAUUGAGUGGUUUGAUUAGGGAUCAGAGCUGGCUUGGUCCAGGUAGUAGAGUCAUUGUGACAAGCAGAGACAAAGAUGUGCUUCACUUCUGUCACAAAACAUUUGAGGUUAGGCAACUCCAAUAUAGUUAUGCUCUACAGCUAUUUAGCUUGUAUGCCUUCAAAGAAAACUAUUACUCAAAGGAUUAUGGUGAAUUGGCUAAAAAGGUGGUGAAGUACGCUCAGGGUGUUCCAUUAGCACUUAAAUUGUUGGGUUCUCAUCUUUGUGGAAGGUCCCUAGAAGAAUGGGAAGUUGUGUUAGAUAAAUUAAAACAUUCUCCUCAUUCUGAAAUUCAGAAACAUUUAGAAAUAAGCUUCAAUGAACUGGAACAGGAGACAAAAGAUAUAUUUCUUGAUAUAGCUUGCUUCUUCAAAGGACAGAGUAGAGAUCAUGUGAAAGAUGUAUUAGAAAAUGGUUGCGGGUUUAGAAAUUUUAGCUGGGGAAUAAUGCGGCUAAUUGAUAAGUGUCUCUUAACUGUUGGGCGGGGCAACGUAUUAGAUAUGCAUGAUCUUAUACAAGAAAUGGGUAGAGAAAUUGCUCAACGAGAAGGCAGCAGAUUGAGGAAUUCCAAGGUCAUCUAUCAAAUGUUAACAAAUAACACGGGGAAUGAAGCAGUUCAAGGAAUAUAUUUGGACUUAUCUGAAAUUAGAAAGGUUAACUUGCACCCUAGGGCUUUUUCAAGGAUGAUUAACUUAAGAUUGCUCAAAUUUUACAGGCAGCCUAGGCGUGCACAAGAAUUCCUUGAAUCAGGAUUGCUUGAAUAUGAUCAGUCAAAAUAUCUUUAUUAUCUUCCUAACACGCUGAGUUUAUUACAUUGGGAAGAAUAUCCCUUUAAGUCUUUUCCAUCAAGCUUUUCCAUGCAAAACCUGGUUGACCUUAAGAUAACAUGGUGCAAUAUCACACAACUUUGGGGUGGAGAUAAGUGUCCACGGAAUUUAAAAAAGUUGCAUCUUUCUGGAUGCACACAGCUAAUGCAACUGCCAGAUCUCUCGUUGGCAACUAGCUUGGAGAAGAUAGACCUUUAUUUCUGUGAAAGUUUGGUUGAGAUCGACUCUUCAAUAACAUGCCUUGACAACCUUAAUCAUCUGUAUGCAUAUCAGUGCAAGAAGCUGAAGAGUCUUCCUGAGCUUCCUAGAAGCAUAAAAUGGUUAGAUCUAAGCACUUCUGGAGUGAAAGAGUUGUCCCAAUCAGUUCACAAGUCGCCAGAGAUUGCAGGAAAUGUUUCAUAUUUAGAUAUAAGUCAAACUGCAAUAGAAGAAUUGUCUUCAUCCAUUAGAUCUCCUUUGUCAUCACUUAUUGUGUUGAGAAUGGCGGAAUGUGAAAAUAUUGAGAUUCUCCCGGACACCAUUUGUGAGUUGAAGUAUCUUGAAGAGCUUAAUCUCAGUGGGUGCAGAAAUCUCUGUAAAUUGCCUCCUUUGUGUGGUUUGAACUCCUUAAAAAAGAUGUGUCUAAAUGGGACUGCACUUGUUGAAAUUCCCGAUGACAUUGUCUCUUUAUCAUCACUUAGAGAGUUGAGUCUAAACAAAUGCAAGAGACUCCAAGGUUUGCCUAAGCUUCCUCAGCAAUUAAUCCAGCUCCGAGUUCAAAACUGUAUAUCCUUGGAAACUGCAGAAAUAUCUCGGUACAUUCCAUCCAUAUUAUUGUCAGAUUUUAGUGAAUACUUAGAAAUGGAUUAUGGGAAUCUUGUUACUUUCAAAUUCUACUACGGUAAUUGCCUGAAUUUGGAUGAGAAUACACGUUCAAACAUUAUCGCAGAGGCGCAGUUCAGUUUAAAAGAAGUAGCAAUUGCUUUUGACAAUUCUACAGAAAAGAUUUCGGGUUCUUAUCAAUUUUAUAUGCCUGGAAGUAAACUUCCAGAGUGGUACAGAUAUAAGAGCCAGGGAUCUCUGCUAACAAUUGAGUUUCCUCCUCGUGGAUUUAUCACUCCGUUUUAUGGAUUUUCUUUUUCUGUGGUUCUUGAUUCAUUCGAACUUGGAUUUUACGAUUCACUAUUCUUCGAAGUUGAAUGCUGUUUCAAAACUGCUGGUGGUGUGAAACACCAUUUCUUCAGUUGUUGUAUGCAUUUGUAUGCAAAUCAUAUGAGUUUCAAAUCAGACCAUGUGUUCCUUUGGUAUGAUUCAAAUUCUAGUCUGAAGAAUUGGCUCAAAGAAACCGGCAACAAUGUUCUCAACAAGGCAUCGUUCGAGUUCAGUGCAUUUAGUGGAUGGGUUAUCAACAAGAGAAAAUUAAAGGUGAAGAAGUGCGGAGUGCACCUGAUAUAUAAGGAAUGGGGUGCAACAGGAGGACUUCCCAGGAGAGUUAAUUUUCUUACUCAUGUGUGCAUUGUCAAUGUUGUUAUUGCGGAGUCCUAUAUAUGUUCAGGGUUCCGCCCAAUCUUACCGCCAAUGACCGAGGCUAUUUCUUUUGUUAUUAAGAAUAACAUAAAUGUUAUGUUAUCUCCCGCCAUCUUCUCCACGGCGUUUAACUUGUCAAGUUUCGCCGAGCAACGGAAACGGGAAUUCAGAAAUGGAUUGAGGAAUCUGUACGAUGACUUUGAGAAAUCACAGGUAGUUGUAAAAAUGGCAUCUUCUAAAAUACGAUAUGAUGUUUUCCUUAGUUUUAGAGAUGUUGAUACUCGUGAUAAUUUCACCAGUCAUCUUCAUCAAAAACUGCUUGAUAAAAAUAUCCCAACUUUCAUUGACAAUAGGCUUGACAGAGGUCGAAAGAUUGAACCAUCUCUCAUGAAAGUCAUCGAAGAGUCUCUAAUUUCAGUUGUCGUUUUCUCAAAAGGGUAUGCGUCUUCUUCAUGGUGUUUGGAUGAACUGGUCAAGAUUAUUAAGUGUCAAGAGAAACUGGGUCGGAUUGUUUUGCCAAUUUUCUACCAUGUUGAUCCAUCUGAUGUUGAACUGAGGAAAGGGGUUUUCGGAGAUGGAUUCAGGAAUCUUCAAGCAAAGCACAAGAAGAGUAUGAAAAAGUGGAAAAAUGCUGUGGUGAAGGCCACCACCUUUUCUGGUUGGGAUUCGAAUAAUCACAGGCCUGAUUCUGAAUUAAUUGAGGCAGUUGUCAAGGAAAUCCAGAAGAAAAUCUAUCCUACCUCCUAUAGCAUUUCUGCUCAAUUUGUGGGCAUUGACACACAAAUUGAGCAAAUUUUUUCACUAUUCCCUAGUGGCUCAGAUGAUAAACCUUUUUUCAUCGGUCUGUGGGGAAUGGGCGGUAUUGGAAAAACAGCAGUGGCUGAAGCUCUUUUUAGUUUGAUAUCUGACCAAUUUGAUGGUCGAUGCUUCCUAAGCAAUGUCAGGGAAGAUACAUCAAAGUUUGGUUUGAUUCAGCUAAAACAUAUGCUUUUAACAGAGCUCUUAGGCGAUAGGAAUUUGAACAUAAGAAUGCUCAAUUUACUUCCCACUUCAGUCCUAGAGAGGCUGAAACGAAACAAAGUCAUGAUUGUUUUGGAUGAUGUCAAUGAGUCCGUGCAAUUAAGUAGUUUAAUUGGGGAUCUUCAAAGCUGGCUUCGUCCAGGUAGUAGAGUCAUUGUAACUAGCAGAGACAAAGAAGUGCUUCAGUUUUGUCACAAAAUUUACAAGGUUAGGCAAAUCCAGGAUAGUCAUGCUCUCCAGCUCUUUAGGAACUAUGCCUUUAAGCAAAACAAUCAAUCAAAGGAUUAUACAGAAUUGGUAAAUAAAGUAGUGAAGUAUGCUCAAGGUGUUCCAUUAGCGCUUAAAUUGUUGGGUUCUCAUCUACGUGAAAGGUCCCCACAACAAUGGGAAAUUGUUUUGGAUAAAUUAAAACAUUCUUCUCAUUCUGAAAUUCAGAAAAUUUUAGAAAUAAGCUAUAACGAACUGGAACAAGAGACAAAAGAUAUAUUUCUUGAUAUAGCAUGUUUUUUUAAAGGGGAGAGUAUAACUGAUGUCAAAGAUAUACUAGGGAAAGGCUGUGGGUUCCGAAAUUUUGACUGGGGAGUAAUGCGCCUAAAAGAUAAGUGUCUCUUGAAUGCUGGACAUGAUGAUGAAUUAGACAUCCAUGAUGAAUUAGACAUGCAUGAUGAAUUAGACAUGCAUGAUCAUAUACAAGAAAUGGGUAGAGAAAUUGCUGAACGAGAAGGCAGUAGAUUGAGAAAUUUCAAGGCCAUCCGUCGAAUGUUAGCAAAUAGUACGGGAAAUGAAGCGGUUCAAGGCAUUAAUCUGGUCUUAUCUGAAAUCAAAAAGGUUUAUUUGGACCCUAAAGCUUUCUCAAGUAUGACUAACUUAAGAUUGCUGAAAUUGAGCGAGCAGAAUUGGGAUACAAAAACAUAUCUUGACUGUCUUCCCAACACGCUAAGUUUGCUACAUUGGGAAAACUAUCCUUACAAGUCUUUGCCAUCAAAUUUUUCCAUGGAAAACCUUGUUGACCUUAGGAUAACAUGGUGCAAUAUCACCCAACUCUGGGAUGGAGAGAAGUGUCCUCAAAAUUUGAAAAGGUUAGACCUUACUGGAUGCAAACAGCUAACAAAACUCCCAAAUUUCUCUUCGGCUAAAAACUUGGAAAUUGUAUCCAUUUUUUUCUGUGGAAGUUUGAGUAAGAUUGAUUCCUCUAUAGAGUUCCUCUGCGACCUUCCUAAUCUCUUUCUAUAUGGAUGCAAGCAGCUGAAGAGUCUUCCAAAGACUCCGGACGACAUAGAAUGGCUAAGAGUAAAAAAUUGUGGGUUGGUAGAGUUGUUUUCCCCAUCUAUUCCGUUUCUUAGUGUAAACCUCAAUCUCAGCGGCUGUCGGAAUCUUCACUAGUUGCUAGGGAUCGCAGGAAAUGUUUUAUGGUUAGAUGUAAGUCAGACUGCAAGAGAAGAAUUACCCUCAUCACUCUUAUUUCCAUCAUCAUCACUAAUUGUGUUGAGAAUGGUGCAAUGUAAAAAUUUUAUGUCCCGGACAGCAUUUGUAAGCUGGAGUACCUCAGGGAGCUUGAUCUAAGUGGCUGCAGAACUAUUUGUAAAUUGCCUCAUUUGAAUGGUUUGAGGUCUUUAAGAAA